AUGGCCGAUUACAACGCUCUUUAUCAUCAAGGUCUCUACCUCUCCCCCGAUCAGCAAGACCUCCUUCUUGCCGCUCUCUCCUCAAACCAACCCCUUCAGAAACAACAAAGUGAUAAGCAAAGAUCUCAAGCGAAGACAGACCCAGAUAGUACUCCCGGGAACAUGUCGGCUGGCAGCUUUAGCAUGUCCCCGGGAUUCAAUCGCUCGCACCAGAAUUCCGGGGGCCUAGGUUAUGGAGAAGAUGAGAGCCCUUUCCUUGACUUCAACCCUGAGCUUGACUUCGACUUCCAAGGUUCCGAGGAUCUAAUUGGUGACCUACCGGGAAGCCUCCCACUGUCCGAGGAACAUGAAUCCGGCGAAAAGCGAAAAGACAUGUCAGACAACGAAGAAAACGAGGAAUCCGGAAAGAAGCGUAGGGAAAGUGAUGAUAAAGCAGCGAAGAAACCAGGUAGAAAGCCGUUGACUUCGGAGCCUACUUCGAAGCGCAAGGCGCAGAAUCGUGCAGCGCAGCGGGCAUUCCGUGAGCGCAAGGAGAAGCAUUUGAAGGACUUGGAGACCAAGGUGGAUGAGCUGCAGAAAGCGUCUGACGAUGCCAACCAGGAAAACGGACUCCUACGAGCCCACGUCGAGCGUUUGCAGGUGGAACUCAGGGAAUACCGUAAGCGUCUCUCAUGGCUGACCAGCGGGAGCGGAAUCUCUGCCAUGACCGCUAUUCCAGGAGCUCAUUCGAGGAGUUUGUACGGCCUCAACAAUAAUGACUUCAUGUUCGACUUCCCCAAGUUCGGAGACCUUCCCGGGGGGCAUAUAUUCAAUGGCCCGUUGACUAAGUCAAACCAGAACAGGCCAAAGGAGGUUUCUUCCCCGGCAACGAGUGACUCCAAUGUUCCAGGUGUCUUGACCCGGGAAUCGCUCAAAAGUUCAAUUCAUCACGGCAAAGCCGCCGGUGGAAUGUCCAACAACCCCUCACCCCAGGUUCCAUCGGUGUACAACAUCAAGCAGUCGACGUCGUCGCAUGAUACGUCUACCUCUGAUUCUCCGUCGUCCUCAUCUGACUCGCAUCAGAGUCAGCUGUUGUCUUCCAAUGGCACUUCACCAGAGCCGACAUCAACCUCGCCCGCCACUAAGAUGAAUGACAACGUUCAGAAUCAUCAUCAUCAUACUUGUACCUACAACACCAUUGACGGUGAGGAGUCCUUCUGCGCACAACUCGGCAUGGCGUGCGGCAACAUCAAUAACCCUAUUCCAGCUGUACGAAGUAAGAGCGAGAGCGUGUCGAACACCCCCAGCCAACCCAGCAGCAACUCUGAGCAGCCACCUGGACCGGGGCUUGACCUCCUAGCUCAACAAAAUGGAGGCCAGUUCGAUCCAGUGCUGUUUGGAGACUGGCGGGAGCCCCAAGACGCAAUCCUGUCGCAGGACUUCGGUACUUUCUUCGAUGAUGCCUUCCCAUUGCCGGAUCUGGGAAGUCCAUCUCACAAUUUUAAUGAGGUGGCCAAUCAACAAGCACCAAAGAAGGACCUGAUUGCUGAGAUCGACAACAAGAUGGAUGAGGAAGUGGUCCCUGGCGAGGAUAAGUCACAGAUGCUGUCUUGUACGAAGAUAUGGGAUCGUCUGCAGUCUAUGGAGAAGUUCCGCAAUGGCGAAAUCGACGUGGAUAACCUUUGCUCCGAGCUACGCACGAAGGCCCGGUGUUCUGAGGGCGGCGUGGUUGUCAACCAAAAGGACGUGGAGGAUAUCAUGGGCCGCGUCAAGUAG